UCAUGGCCCUAGGGGGCCUUCCCGAUUCAUUACAUCACUGCUCAGAAAGCGAGAUUCCAUCCUGCCGUCUACAGGACUAACCCGGCCCCUCCCUAACCCUGAGGCCUCGGGGGGCGGGGCUUGGUCCCGCUAAGGCGGGCUGAGACCUAGCUCCCAGAGCUGCGGCCUAACCGGACACCGGGAAGCCCCCGCCUCUCGCAGGUCCCGGAGGCAGGGGCGCGGGGAGCCACGCUCGGGCCGCCGGCGGUUGCGCUGAGGGACCCCGGAGGGAAGAGCGCCAUGAGGGCGGACUCGGGGCUUGGGCUGGAGGCCCACCCGGAUUGGACCGGAGCGGACGAUGGAAGCUCGUCCCGAGGCCGGGACCCUAACCCCCGAAGCCAGCGUCCUCCACGAGCCCUUCCACCUGUGCCAAGUGCUAAUCAAGGUGAUAUUCCACUUAGUCGUCCUAAGAAAAAGAAGCCCAAAACAAAAAGCACACUAGGUAGUGCUUCUUUGGAAGGCCUUGUUCAGGCUGCUGUUCACAGGCCACCUGAGGGCAGUGAGCCACCAACUAAAGAAUCCACAGAGCAUCCAGAAGAAGCUCCUGUUCAAAAGAGACAGAAGAAGACGAGGCUACCUCUUGAAUUGGAGACUUCCUUAACCCGAAAGAAGACGUCUAGUGCAUCUUUAUUACGAAACGAGAAUGGUAUUGAUGUGGGGCCAGCCAAGGAGGCAGUUACUCAGAAACCUCGAAGGAAGACAAAGAAAACCCAGCCAGCAGAACUACAGUACGCCAAUGAACUAGGUGUAGAAGAUGAAGACAUAAUAACUGAUGAGCAGAGCAGCCCAGAACAACAGUCUAUAUUCACCGCACCCACUGGCGUUAGCCAGCCUGUAGGCAAAGUGUUUGUGGAAAAAAGCCGGCGAUUCCAGGCUGCUGAUCGUUCAGAGUUGAUAAAGACCACAGAAAAUAUCGAGGUGUCGAUGGACAUGAAGCUUUCCUGGACGACCAGAGAUGUUGCCCUCUCGGUGCACCGGGCUUUCAGGAUGAUUGGUCUCUUUUCUCAUGGCUUCUUGGCUGGCUGUGCUGUGUGGAAUAUUGUUUUCAUAUACGUUCUAGCAGGAGAUCAGCUUUCAAACCUCUCAAACCUUCUGCAACAGUACAAGACCUUAGCAUAUCCAUUCCAGAGUCUUCUCUACUUGCUUUUAGCUCUAAGUACAGUUUCAACUUUCGACAGGAUCGACUUUGCUAAAACAUCAGUAGCAAUCCGAAAUUUUCUUUCUCUGGAUCCAACAGCUUUAGCAUCUUUCUUGUACUUUACUGCCCUUAUAUUAUCUCUGAGUCAGCAAAUGACAAGCGACAGAAUCCAUCUUUACACACCUUCUUCUGUUAAUGGUAGCCUCUGGGCAGCAGGUGUUGAGGAACAGGUUCUCCAGCCAUGGAUUGUGGUGAAUCUGGUGGUGGCCCUUCUGGUUGGACUGUCUUGGCUUUUUUUGUCUUAUAGGCCAGGCAUGGAUCUUAGUGAAGAGUUGAUGUUCUCCUCUGAUGUGGAAGAAUAUCCUGAAAAAGAUAAAGGACUCAGAGCCUCGUCAUAAUGCCAGCUCACCUUCAGUAUAGUAAUGGCCCAGUAUUUAGAAUUUUUCCUAUUCUUGUUUUUAAAUGUAUUUUUAUAAGAUAUGUACAGGUGUAUUUGGAAUUGAUUUUUUGAUUAUACAGUACUGAAAAUUUUCUCGAGAUUAUGGAAAAUGUUAAAACUUGUAUCUGCAAUUCAUAACCAGACAUUAACCUCUCUACAUUAUCAUCUUAAUGACAAAGGAAGUCAUGAGCUAGAAACCAGCAGGUGAAAGUGCUAUUGCAUUUAUAAUCAUUAUCUUAAAAAGCUCUACUACAGAAACAACCACUACUUUAGUGUUACCAAAUAUGUAUCAGGUUUAAACAUAGAAUUUAGGGAAUAGGAAAGAAGGGGGCAAAAUACCUUUAUUUAUUUUUAAUAUCUCCUUACUGAAUAAAUUAAAAUACGAAAUUUGUCUUUUUUCAAACUGGCUUGGUGGUUGUGGUUAUGUAUCAUGUAAUAAAUAUAAUGUAAUUCAGCUUGAAAGAUGCUUUACUUCAUGACUAAUAAAAAGAAAAUGUACCUUU